AUGCUGUCUCACGUGAUAUGCAAUGCAUUCAAUACAACAACACAUGAGUCAGUCAUUGCAGGCGAGACCACAACAACACCACUGAAGACAUCACUCAAACACAUCCACCCAUCAGACCACUUGUGUCCACACAAUACCAUAGCAGAUAUGGAGGUAAUCGUUGGCACAUACGAAGAGUAUCUCAUCGGAUAUCAACUCAAACGCCAAGACGACACGUAUGUCUUGGAGCAGACCUUUGCGGACAGAGCCCACUCGGGAAGCGUGAGGUGUCUGUCGACCACCUCGAAGGUGAUGGUCAGCGGCAGCACCGAUGAGGUGAUCCACAUCUACAACAUGAACCGGCGCUCAGAUAGCGGCACUCUUCAGCACCACUCGGGAACCAUCACUCACUUGGAGUUCUUCAAGACGACACACCUGUUCAGCGGCUCCGAAGACGGAACGGUAUGCGUUUGGGACACAAGGAGUUGGGUCUGCGAUAAGACACUCAGAGGGCAUAAGGACGCCAUCACUGGUCUCAGUGUUCAUCCAUCGGGAAAGUUGAUGCUAUCGGUGUCCAAGGAUAAGACGCUGAGGACGUGGAAUCUCAUCAAAGGUCGGUGCGCUUACGUGACUAACAUCAAGGCAGUGGCCCAUCUGGUCCAGUGGGCACCGGACUCGACAUUCUUCGCGGUGGUCAUCGAUAAGCGCAUCGAUAUCUACGACAUCACUAUCGGCGGUGUCGUCCAUACCAUCGAUUUCGGCAAAAGAGUUAAUUGUAUUUUGUUUUUGAAUGUAAGUCUCGAAGCGAUUAUGAAUCUGUGGUUAAGAUGUUUUGGAUUAAGAUAUGAUUUAUUGUUGUCUUUGAAUGAUGUGAUAGCCAUCGGCGGUGAGUCCAACGACAUUGAGUUGUACGACAUCCGCAACAAAUGCACUAUAAAUACAUUUACGGCUCAUUCAAAUCGAUUGAAAGCACUCCAGAAGACGACAUCACAUCCGGACAUAAAAGACAACAAAUUAUGGUUGACUUCUGUGUCCAGC